CACAGAGAGCUUUAAAAUGGGAUUUUCGAUCAUCCGACUACUUUUGGCUGCACUGCUUUUGGUUUUUAUUGGAGCUGUUUGCGGAACUCAGCCAAAGGAGACGUCACUGGCUAAAAGAAGUUCACGAAACAGACUUUUAGAGAAUCUUAUACUAACAUAUCUUCGGAAUAUCCAAAUGCCCCAAAUUAGUGGGAGUAGUGGUUCCGUUAGAUACAGAGUGAACAAUUUGCGAAUAACAGAUUUAACACUACCACGCAGCUCAGUGCAAAAACUACAAGGGAGUCCGCUCACUCUGAAAUUGACUGUCGAUGGUGGAAGAAUUGGCGGAAAGUUAGAUUUCUGGUUCAGAUAUAAAACAUGGCUGCUUCAGCAUACAGAUGAUGGAUAUGUAAAUUUCGGAGCAAGUAGAAUCGGAUUCAAAGUAAAAGUAACAGCAGAUUUGGCCAGUAAAACCCUCCAGGUUAACAGUUGCAGUAGCCCACGUAGUUCUGUAAGAAUCAAAUUCCAUGGAACUGGCUGGGGAUGGCUUUAUAAUAGAUUCAGAGGAAGACUAGAAAAUAGUUUGGAGAAAAAAUUAUCUGGUUCAAAUGGUCUGAUUUGUAAAGGUGUGACAAGGGCCAUUAAUAGAGGAGGAAAAAUUAUCUUCAACAAACUAGUAGAAAGCCAAGGCUAGCCUGUCUUUCACCAUCCCGUCUUCGUUGCUGGUCAUGAACAUAAUAAACAAUUGUAUUUUGUGACAGUUACUUUUGUUUCUUGUUGAUUGUGUGUAUCGUGAACCUUAAGGGUUGGAUGGGUC